UUCGUCUUAAUCGGAUUAGUCCAGCAACAGGCACGUAUUGUAAAUUUUGGAUGUUUCUCGAAUCUACACUAGAUGCAUCCAAUGCAUUCCUUGCAGCAGUUAUAUCCAUUCAACGACAUACACUUGUCUUUCAGCCGAAUAUAUUACGAAUACGUUUUAAACGUUACAUUUUUUACUACUCUCCUCUUGGUUUUGCUUUUUGUUAUCCAUUGAUAUUUUAUUUGGGUGCAGUUAUAUUUUAUGAUUGUGAUGAUUCACAGUGGAACUUUGAGUUAAAUAUGUGUGGUGAUACUACUUGUUAUCUUUCAAAUAAUCAGAUCUUGGCAACAUAUGAUUGGAUAGUCAACACUGCUUUACCUAUUGUUGUUAUUAUUUUUGCUAAUGCAACGUUAGUAAUUCGAGUUAUUGAACAAAAACAUCGUCGACAACAAACUAUUUCUUGGUCAAAACAAAGGCGUAUGACACUACAAUUACUUAGUAUAUCUAGUCUUUAUUUGGUUACAUGGAUACCUAGUAUAGUUACUGGUUUGAUGCAACAAGUAAAUGCGACAACAUCUCUAUAUGACAUUCAAGAAAAUUAUAUAUCAGAUUUAACUUAUUUGAUUUGUCUUUUACUUCCUUGGAUGUGUAUUGGACUAGUUCCCGAUUUCAAGAAAUGGAUGUUAAAAUAUUUUCGUCGUCUAAAAAGACCACCGAAUACAAUUGGAACUGUAGGACAAUGA